GCAGAGUAAUCAGUGUCAACUUUGAAAGCAUGCCUGUCAGAAACAAGUUCCCGAGGCCACAGGCCGUGAGAUGUAUUCCCCCAGAUCUCCGGGGGUGUUCACUCUAAAGCAGGACAACUGCGCUGUCCAGCACCCGACUCCACCAUGGGGACUUCCCUCACGGCUGGCAUGCUGAAACUUCUUGUCCUUUGCUGUCCUCUCUUUUGGCAGAUGAUAGAUGGUCAUGACAGCAAAAAAGUCAACGUUCAGUUCCUCCGUUCAAACAUUGGAAUCGUUUCCCAGGAGCCAGUGUUGUUCGACUGUAGCAUAAUGGACAACAUCAAGUAUGGAGACAACACCAAAGAAAUCUCCAUGGAAAGAGUCAUAGCUGCCGCAAAGCAGGCUCAGCUGCACGACUUCGUCAUGUCCCUCCCAGAGAAAUAUGAAACUAAUGUUGGGAGCCAGGGCUCUCAACUCUCUCGAGGGGAGAAACAGCGCAUUGCUAUUGCUCGGGCCAUUGUCCGAGAUCCGAAAAUCUUGCUACUAGAUGAAGCCACAUCUGCCCUAGAUACAGAAAGUGAAAAGACUGUGCAGAUUGCUCUGGACAAAGCCAGAGAGGGUCGGACCUGUAUUGUCAUUGCCCAUCGCUUGUCUACCAUCCAGAACUCAGACAUCAUCGCUGUCAUGUCACAAGGGGUGGUGGUUGAAAAAGGGACCCAUGAAGAACUGAUGGCCCAGAAGGGAGCAUACUACAAGCUGGUCAGCACCGGAGCCCCCCUCAGUUGACCCGACUUAAGACCCUCACACACAGAUAAUAAUGUAUCAAGUCCAGGAGGGCUGCAGGUUGUGGUACAUAUACAGAGAAUCAUUAAUGUUUUACAGAUAUCAUCAUCCACUGGGAUCUAAGCUAAUUUCGAGUGACCUUCAGUAAUAAUUCAGUUUGAAAUGUCUAUGUAGAAAAGAGAGAACCUAGGGUCAGAGUAAGUGAAAAUCCAAGGUCAGGCAGCUGCUUACCUACAGUGCUGCUCUGGGUGGGAGCUGAUCCUUGCCAUCAUCCAGGACUUAGUGAGAGGACAUGGAGUCCUCCUCUGGGACAAAGAACUAGCUUUUGACUUGUGAAAGCUCCUUGUGCACUGAGCCUGCUGAGUAAUCCGCACUCAACAGUUGUUGGAAACAGAUCAAGGUCAAGAACAAAGGGCAUAAAGCUAUUGGUAUUUCUUGAUUAAGUUUUAUUUGUUUUCUAUAUGGAAGCAAAUCCAUUUACCUCCAAUCCCGUGGGUAGAGAAAGGAGCACUUUCACGUUCUGGAAUCUCUCAGGCUAGGGGAGGGCAAAAGUGAGCUAAGGAAUAGUAGAGGUUACCAGUCAGGUGUACUGACUUAGACUGAAGGCUCAGGGUGUUGGUGUCAUCAUACACUACAGCUGGAUCUGCUAGUGUGGAGCAGGACUGUCUUCCAGGACUUCUACCAUUCAUUCCCUGCCCUGUGUCGCCUGAUGUCCCUUAUUCCUAUGAAAUCCUAGUCAUGGAGGGGAAAUGCAUCAGCUUUUGAAGUUGUUACAUAAUAAUCUAGUUAAACAUUGUAGAAAAACAUCCAUGUUUGUCAUUUUCUUCAGAAUACCACUAAAUACCACUUCUUAUGGUAUCAAAGAAGGUGUGUAGCCUCAGGAAUAAAGAAAAUUUCAAAAUCAUGCCAGGAAAAAAAUGUGUGAGCUAAAUUUGUAAGAAUGGAUUUCAAAGACAAGAGAAAAUUGACAUGUAAUCUGUUAGCUAGGCAAAGCCUGUAGGCACUUUCCUACCACAGGCCCCUGGGAAAGGCUAGGAUUCAAAAGUCUCAGGGUCCUUCUGGAAGGAGGAGGCAGAGAGACAGAUGAGCCCAAAGUUAGACUUCUUACACAGGCUGAAAACUUGCGUAAAUUUUGUGAAGCAGGCUGGCAGUCCUUGUCCAGUUCCAGAUGAACACUAGCUCCUGCUUCCCUUGCCCACAGGCAGGCUUGAGUGUAGGGACAUAAAGUACAGCUGAAGGGGUGAGUCAUCUGCAAGAGAUGAGGGACUGGGUAUAAGAUUUCAGAUGAACAGAAAAUCGUGCAGCUGCCCUGUCUGGCAGGGCAUCAGAGAAUUACUUUCUGGCUGGAGCAAUUGGUCAGUAUAAAAAUGAAAGGUCUAUGGUCUGGUGCUAGGGAGACAGCAAGGAAAAUUUCCUGUCCACCCACCACCCUACCCUGAAGUCCAACAACAUGCUGCCACUAAGGCUGCUCUUCUCUGGCUGUUCAG